AUGACAUGCAGGAAAAAAGAGAGAAGAUGGGAAGAGAGCAUUUCUAUAGGUGGUGAGUUAUGAAUGGGUGUUUAUAUGCAGUUGGGGUCAGGCUGAUCUUCCCUUGUUGGCAUUUUUGCCAGCAUAGCAGUUGGCUCUUUUCUUUUCCCCAAUGGAGGCCCUUUCCCCUUUGCUUCUGCAAUCCCAGAUGCAAUGAAAUACAAUUGGACAUCAGCAUUAAAAUAUCAGUAAUUAUUUACACAUUUGUACCUUUGCCUUGCAACAAAUGGUCCCGCCCCAUUAUUCAUAAAGAGACAUUGAUCAGAAAUGGCACAUAAGUAGAAACUUAGUAUUUUCCAAUUAGCCAUAUUUCCUUUCGUUCUAGCCAUAUAUUGCCAUAAAUACAUUGUAUAUGAAGAACAGUCAUUGCAUUUUGGGUCUCAUUUGCACACAUCUGUACCAUAUCUAGGAGCUGCUUGUCUCAGAAAGAGAUCUAUUGUCAUCUACUGGGGGAAAUAACAACAGAGAUUUGUGGAACUACCUGGAAGACUGUUUGGAUCCAGAUUUAGGCACUGAGUAGACCCAUUGAAACCAAUGGGAUUGAAGUUAGUUGUAACUAUUCGGCUCUAUUAAUUCCAGUACGUUUACUCUAAGCUUGACUAAGUUUGGGUGCAAGUUUAAUGAUUUACUUAAGGCAUUUGUUUUUGUACAGAUAUGUUGCUAGGCUAAACUGGCAGGUCUAUACAGAUGCUUUGGGAGAGAGGUAGAGGUUGUAAACAAUGAGAUUAGCGGAAACCAGAAAAAGUACAGCCUGUGACAAUUACAUUAAGUGUAAUUGUCACAGUCUGUACUUUUUGUGCUUACCUGUAACCUCACUUUUUGUGUUUGCCUUUAACCUCACUAUAACCUCAAUUCCUUCUCCGCUCCUCCCCCUGCUGCCCACCCAGCCAAUUUAGGAUAAUUUAGGAUAAUGCAUCUGCUGAAGUGGGCUCUGGUCCACAAAAGCUUAUGCCAUAAUGCAUUUGUUAGUCUUUAAGUUGCCGUUAGACAUUCUGUUGGGUUUGUAGCAGCAAAGUAACACAGCCUUCCCCUCCUGGAAAUCCUACUGGAAAGGUGAUCAAGUGUGCUUGGGUGUGGACCUGAGACAAAGGUUUCACUAACAAGGUUGUGUGUGGUUUUUUGGGGGGGGGUGGGUUGUUCAAAAAUCUUGUUCUGCUAAUGUGAAUCUGGAGGGAUUUUAUGCAUAGUGGAGAGUAUUUGCUGUCUGUCGUUUUUCCUGUUUAAUAGCCAUUCUUAGUCUUAGCAUUGGGGAGAAGGAACUUCAUAGCACCAUCCUGUACAUACCUACUCUGAAGUAAGUCCCAUUGUGUUCAGUCUAGUUUACUUCCAGGUAAGUGGGAAGUGGAUUACAUGUUUGCAGAGAAAUACAUAGGAUCUGGUCUCUUAUUUCCUCCUCUCCCCAUUUAGUUCUUGACGCAGUGUAACUCGCAUUGUCUGUGCCAAAUCGGUGACCAGACAGGCAUACACAGACACUCAUCACACCAGCAAAUUUAUAACUGUAAAAUGUUAUAAGAGCAGUCAUGACUGUUAUUUGCCUCUGUUGUUGCUGGAUGAUCCAUGACCAGUCUUACAUUUCAGAGACAAAAUGAGGUUAACGCUUCUGUAUGAUCCUAGAUGUGAUAGUUGCAGCAUCCCUCUGAUUCUUUUUAUAAACAUGUAAUUCUGGUAAUUAAUGGAGAUGUCCUGCCCCUCUUUAUUCACUUGCCAUUAAUGUCCCCUAAUGACUCUCCUUCUGUUUCCUUGACAGAAUUCUUCCUUGUGGAUAUAGUAUUGUGAAUCUGGGGUUUUUACCAUAGGGCUAAUUUAAAUGUGAUGUGGGAGUUUGUGAGCAGCAUUUACCACAUUUAAAAUGUACCAUCAGGCCCUGGACUGCCCUCUAUGCUCACUGCUGAAUUCACCUGAAUUGGAAGGAUUGUAAGAGAGCUUCCUGUUCUACCUGAGCUUUGCUUGAGCAGCAAGGUCUCUGGCUUGCUCCUUAACCCCACUUCCAGGUUGAUCCUCUGCCUCUGACUUCAGUCUAAGCUUGAUCCUUGACUCUUGCCACCUAGCUUCCCCUACAAUUAUGACUUCUCCUUGGUCCUGACUGGCUUGCUGGCCUCAUGGCUCCUGGUUCCUAGCUGCUGGCUCGCCUUAGACCCACCUGGCACUGUUGUUGUUGUUUAGUCGUUUAGUCGUGUCCGACUCUUCGUGACCCCAUGGACCAGAGCACGCCAGGCACUCCUGUCUUCCACUGCCUCCCGCAGUUUGGUCAAACUCAUGCUGGUAGCUUUGAGAACACUGUCCAACCAUCUCGUCCUCUGUCGUCCCCUUCUCCUUGUGCCCUCCAUCUUUCCCAACAUCAGGGUCUUUUCCAGGGAUUCUUCUCUUCUCAUGAGGUGGCCAAAAUAUUGGAGUCUCAGCUUCAGGAUCUGUCCUUCCAGUGAGCACUCAGGGCUGAUUUCCUUCAGAAUAGAGGUUUGAUCUUCUUGCAGUCCAUGGGACUCUCAAGAGUCUCCUCCAGCACCAUAAUUCAAAAGCAAUUCUUCGGCAGUCAGCCUUCUUUAUGGUCCAGCUCUCACUGGACCAGCCUGGACUCUCACUGGACCAGCUCUCCAUCCUGGCACUAGGAAGGCGAAAUUAGAGCUCCCCCCAAUGUUGUCCCCGUCCCCCAGAUUAAAACUGUGUAUGUUUGCCAUAAGGAGCAAGACAUUCAGGUACCCGUAUUUUGAUAACCAACUUUCCUCCGACAACUGUCAACCCUGUUCUUAGGGAACUGCCAUAGUAAAUUAGCCAAAAGCUACUACAGAGAUACCAGCAUUUUCAAAAGGGGUCCAUGGCUUGGCUUUUGAAAAACAAGGGCCUGCAGUACUUAGCUAACUGGGAACCACAAGUAUGUGCUGUAGUGAUUCUAUGGUUUCUAAAAUAUAAGCUGAACUUUGCUAUGGAAAGCAAUAGCUAUUAUUAUUAUUAUUAUUUAUUUCAGUUACGAGAAUGAACCUGUGUUUCCAGAUCAAGAGCAUUGUGGGGUUUUUAUUAAUUCUGGAUUUUCAGCAAGCCGGGACAAAGGUAGUAAACAAAUACAUUGUCACUUUUGUUGAAGCCCAAGGGCAGGGAAUUUUUUGUCCAUUUGAGGGUCACAUUGUUGUGGGGGACCUUCUGGGACUGGAGCCAGAUGCAAAAGCAGGUAGAGCAAAGGAUGUGGCUCUUCGCCAGGUAAGCAGGAGGCAUUACCAUGGUUCAGGGACACAUUCCAGCAAGGUGGAGGCACUUGAGGAGGGUGUGGAACAGGCCUGGGGAAGGGGGUGGUCUGGGAAGAGGGGAUGUGUCUUAGGGAGGGUGAGAUAGAGUGGGAUAGAGAGGCCUGGAGGACCACAGCUGAUCCCCGAUCCAGAGAUUUCCCCACCCCAGGUUGAAGCAGAAAAACCAAAUAUUGACGCUUUACUUCUUUGACUGGGCCUCCCUUUUACUGUCUGGCUGCGAUGCCUCUGGCAGUAUGGAAACAGCAGAGAAUGGAUCAGAGGAAAUGUGGCAGAAGGAGUUUAUUCUGAAUGCCAGUCUUCGAUAAAGAAGACUGCCUCACAAGUUACCUAACUGGAGUGGAAAUAACUUCUUUUCAUCUGGAAAUACCCCUUUAAAAACUCAGUUUGCCGGCUGUCCUCCAGGUGAAACUGCUAGAGCAACAAUCCCUAGCCUGAUCCCCUCCAGCUGUUGAACUACAGCUUCCUGGCCAUUGGCUGUGCUGCUGAAAAUUUGAGUCCAACAUCACCUGGAGGGCCACAGAUUGGGGAAGGCUGAGCUGAGAGAGAGAGAGAGAGAGAGAGAGAGAGGAGAGCAGUGCAGUCCUGUGGCAAAAAGGUGCAAGGGAGUUGCAGAUUUCCACCUUUUUGCAAAAUGAAAGACAGCACUGGUGUAAGGUCUGCUUAUCUCAAAUAUAAACUUUUGUACAGCAGUCGGGGGGGUUGGGGGGGAGAUGUUUUUGCAUGAAGACACAGGAAUGGUUUUUAACUUUGUACAUAAGUAAAAUUAGAAAAUUCUGUUUUUACAACCGUAGUGUUUCCAGCGGUCUAAUAUAAACAUAAUUUGAUCUCUGCAGGCAGAACCACGACGGGCAGUUCAAGGUAGGUGUUUUGUUGUUGUUGUUGUUCAUAUUUUAAUGAUCAUUAACCUUAUUUUCAUACAAUGUGGGGGCACAUCCCUGUUUGAUAAAGUGUGUGACUGGGGCCUUGAUUCACAAUAGCUAAUAAUAAUAAUAAAUUUAUUAUUUAUACCCCAGCCAUCUGGCUGAGUUUCCCCAGCCACUCUGGGUGGCUUCCAAUCGAGUGUUAAAAACAAUACAGCAUUAAAUAUCAAAAACUUCCCUAAACAGGGCUGCCUUCAGAUGUCAUAUAAAAGAAACUGAAUGGAGAGUCAUAUAAUUGUUUGUAGAGUUGGGAAGGGACCCCAGGAGUCAUCUAGCCUAACCCCUGCAAUGCAGAGCCUCUUUAUUUCCUGUAACCAGUUUUAAGAGGAAGCUAAGUGGUGAAAACACAGGAGACUUUGGUUAUUGCGAAAAACAGGGCAAGAUGUGACAUAGUGGGGGGCAGGAUUGUUUGUUUUUUAACUAAGUCUUAUAUAGUGUUUUGGUGGUUUUGAUGGCCUUUGCAAGCAUUGGCUGCUAGAGAUCUUAUUCCUUGAUGUACACUUCAGUCAGAAAAGCGGCUGAUAGCAGAGGUAAUAAGGAAGGAAAAGAGCUGGAGAAUGAUUUCUUACUCUUCUCUCCAUGUACUGCUGCAGAUGAGUCACAUUUCAUUAACAGCACUUAAUGGAAGCUAUUCCUAUGUGCUGCAUCACUCUGAAAUUAAGUGCCGCUGUUUGAUCCUUCAAGGACCAGGGAGGAGAUUCACACAGGCUGUGUCAGGGUGUAAGACAAAAUAUGGCCAAUUCACAAAAUUCCUGGUUCAGAUUUUUGCUUAAGUAUCGUCAGCCUUAAGAAAACAAGAUGGAUCGUUUGGGCCUGUGAUCUUAUCCGAGCUAGAUACAGUUACAGCUGAAAAACUAGGAGCAAGAGGAGGCUACGACACUGGUCUCUCACACUUUAAAUCUUAUUUGGGUGUUCACUGGAAAACCCAUGGAGGAAGAAUUGGGUCCACACAUGCUAUCUCAGCCUCCAGUGUCUCCAUCUCUGCCAGCUUCAUCCCUAAACUUUGCAUCUUUAACAGGAAGGUCUGGCAGGAGAUUCUGCACACAUUGGCUGAAUAUAUUUCUAACUAAGAAACCUACACUAUCGGGGAAGAGUUUUUGGAAGUUCAGUUGAAUGCAUGAAUUCCCAAGUUUCUGAAACAAAUCAUGCUUGGCUCAUAAUACCCCAGAAUAUACCAGAAUAGGUAAUUAUAUAUUUGGAUGCAAUUAGUAAUUACUUUUUGCCAUUUGCUUCACCUCACUUCCCUCAAGCACAGCUAGGGAUGGGGAAGGAUUUAUCUUCAGUUCACAUAUAAAGAUGAACCACAAUUUCGAAAACAACAGAGGAACUGAGACACAUCCAGCCUUUGAAAAUUGCACUCCAUUAGUUUUGCAGUGCCUAGUAAUUUGUGCAAAAAUGCAUACACUAAGGUUCAGUGUGCAUAAAAGCAUGUAUUAAAUGGAUUGACUAAAAUGUAUGUAUUAGGCAAAACAGCAUAUCAGUGUGCAUACUGGGAGAAAUUAACACUUAAACGUUGGUGCAUUUUCAUAAGGAUUUUUUAAAAAGAAAUUUUGUUAGUUGAUAUAGAAAUGUAGAGAACUGAACUCAAGAUGGGAAGAAACCCCGAGAAACUGAAACUGACAGAUUUAUAUAUCCCUAAGCCUAGCCACCCACUUCCCUUGACUCUCAUCAGGUACUACUGAACUUUGCCCUUAUUCCAUCAGGUUCCGCCUUAUUACCAGCCGGCUUCUGCCGUUAAUUCCAGGGCUCCAUUUUGCUGUUCACUCAUUCUGAGCCGCAGGAGUCUCAUCAGCCUUGCUUAUUCUUUCCAUUACAGGACCUGACUGCACAGCAAUAUUUGCUGCCAAUGCAUCUCUCCCCAGCGGAGUUUACAGGAUCAAACCAAAGCAUUUUCAUAAGUCUUUUGAGGUAAGGUAUGGUUCUACAAUUACAUUCUGAGCCGCAGGUUCCAUUUAUGAUGAAGUGUUAUUGAGAGCACCCGUUUUUACAAACGCUUUGUCUUCUGAACACUUGCAUGAUCUGGAGGUCUGGACCUGUAUACUGAUGGCACACAGCUCUACCUCUUACUUCCAUAAUCUGAUCCCGGAGAGGCAUUGGAAACUUGAACUAAUGUCUGGAACUGGUAUUGGCAGGGGGGAAGGAGAACUUAAUUCAGUCAAUUGAGAGAACUGGCAGGUGAUGUACAACCUGCCUCCAAACUUCCUCUGAAAGGUCAAGUGUGCAGCUUAGGUGUACAUCUGGAACCACCAUUGUCCUUGAAUAUUCAAGUUGUGCUUGUGGCCAUAUUUUAUAAUUUUCAUCUGGUUUGCCAGGUCUGGCCAUCCCUGGUGAAGGCAAUUCUGACUCGUACCCUAAUUGCAUCCAAGUUGGUUACAAUGUUCUUUCCAUAGGGGUGUCUUUAAAGACAUUUUGGAAACUCCAGUUGGUUCAAAAUACAGUCAUAAGAUUGUUGGUUAGUGCAGCAUGGCUGAAUCAUAUUACACUGACCCAACACCAGGUUCACUGGUUACCUAUUGGUUUCUGGCUUCAGAUUAACCUGAAAAGUCCUAAACAGCCUCAGGUUACCUUAAGGCCUGCCUUUGUACAUACAGGUGAGUCCUGGACUCCUGUUGUCUCUGGUCAGACUUUGCAGGAGUUUUGAUGGGCGAGUGCCAGGAUGGUGGUGCCACAGCUCACGCACUCCUAAGGAAAGCCAUCUGGCUGCCUUUGCCCACUUUUGAUAGUCAAUUGUGUUUAGGAUCCUGUAAUUCAGAUUGGUUACCUACCAACGUAAAUUUCUAGGUAUUCUGUGAAAAGAGAUAUGAUGGUGGAUGGACUAUUAUCCAGCGACGCGAUGGACAAGGGGUGUAUGGUGGACCGGAGAACUUUCGGAGAUGGAUGUCUGAAUACGAAAAAGGAUUUGGCCAUGUUGAAUGUAAGUAAAUUAUUCCCCUCAACUAAAAUCUUUUGAUCUGUGGACUUACUUUUAGACAUCACAAUAUGUGCACAAAUGGAUCUUAUUGAUUGACUUCAACAACCAACCUACAUGUGCAGCAUUUCUCAAAGGUCUCAGGCAGAGGUCUUUUGCCCCAUCCCAUUUUGCCACCUAAUUAUAUUCAAGAGGUGGCAAGGAUUGAACCUGGGACCUUCCACAUUCAAAAGCCUCCUUUCCCAUGUACACACAAGCAGAAAAUAAAUGUAAAGGUACACCUGACCGUUAGGUCCAGUCGUGGACGACUCUGGGGUUGUAGCACUCAUCUCGCUUUACAGGCUGAGCGAGCUGGCAUUUAUCCGCAGACAGUUUUUCUGGUCAUGUGGCCAGCAUGACUAAGCCGCUACUGGCGAACCAGAGCAGCGCAUGGAAACGCCGUUUACCUUCCCGCCAGAGCGGUACCUAUUUAUCUACUUGCACUUUGAUGUGCUUUCGAACUGCUAGGUUGGCAGGAGCUGGGACUGAACAACGGGAGCUCACCCCAUUGCGGGGAUUUGAACUGCCGACCUUCCAAUAGAAAAGCCCUAGGCUCUGUGGUUUAGACCACAGCGCCACCCGCGUCCCUAAGUAGAAAGUAGGAAGCUGAAAACUGUUGUGGCUCUCAAAACUGCAGGUGUUUAUUUCCUUGCAUUCAAGAUGAUGUACAGUUGGCGAUGGAUACAUGAAAACACAACUUUAUAUUUUCCAGUUGAACAUUGGCUAGGGCUUGUCUACAUUCAUGCUCUGACCCACCAGAGAGACAAAAAAUGCGAGCUCCGAGUGGACAUGAGAAACUGUGAAGGAAAGAAAGGCUAUGCUGUAUACAAGACCUUCGAAAUUGGCAACGAAGAUGAAAAAUACCGCCUUUCUUUGGGACAAUACAGAGGGAAUGUGGGUAAGAGAUUCAGUGAUGGUGUGUGCAAUGACUCCCAUGUUUACCAGUUUAGCAUCUCUCAAAAUCGGGUCCAGAACCAAGUAAGCUGGAAAACAAAGACAUUAUUGGUAGGUUGCACCCCUGGAAUAAAAUUCUGAUUUUACUGAAGCAGCUUCAGGCAGGAUUAACCUUCCAGAGCCAUUGUAGCCACUUAGAGGCACUCUGGCCUGGUAGCAAUGCAUUCAUGGUUUUAAAUAAAUACAGCUGCCUUUAGAUAGGUGUGUAGUGGCUGGAUAUAAGCAUAAUUUUAGCAAUAAGUCGAAAGAGGUAUCGGUACAUUUUGCAAUUGAAAAUAAUUUUAAUACAAAGGAAAGGGGAAAUGUACACGCAACUCAUAUAUGGUCCUUACCCAACUGCACUUUCAAAAUUGAUUUUGAUCCAGGGGAUGCCUCUUCUAAUGGGAGAGGUAAUUUUUGCUGAUUCUCCCUCCCCCUAGCACCCCCUAGAAAAACAGCUUACAUGAUCUGGGGAACCCCCUCCCCAGGACACAGUGUAAAAUGGAGGGUCUGCAGGGCAAAAAGGGAAAUCGCUCUGAAAAUCAUCUUCUGGAUCAAAAUACUUAAAUGAGUGCAAUGGUCCCAGUUGGGUUCUAUCUGUUCAUAGAUUUUAUAUUUGGUAAAAAAUAAGAAUUAUACAAUUAUUUUAAAGGGGGGAGAACAAAGAGUGUGGGUAUACAGUAUCGCGAAGGUGACUGUUCCAGUUGCUUCCAUUUAGAUGCUACACAGGUUCUGGCAGUUGAUAAGGGACACCUUACCACUUCUACGCCUUCAGUUCAUGUGCGGGAAGCUUUUGGUCCUUUAAAUGUUGCUUCCCUAUAUCUCUCAUCAACCUUUAAUAACGAUGCUUGCUUGACCUAAUGAGCCUUGUAGUUCAGUAACUUCUGAAGGACUGAAGGCUCCCCACACUUGCUUCAGCCCAUACUACUCUUGUUGCUUUUCUUCAGAUAACCAAACAAUACAAAUUUAGGGCUGCGUUGGGACGCGGAUGGUGCUGUGGGUUAAACCACAGAGCCUAGGACUUGCCAAUCAGAAAGUCGGCGGUUCGAAUCCCCGCAACGGGGUGAGCUCCCGUUGUUGGGUCCCUGCUCCUGCCAACCUAGCAGUUCGAAAGCACGUCAAAGUGCAAGUAGAUAAAUAGGUAUCGCUCCAGUGGGAAGGUAAACGGCGUUUCCGUGCGCUGCUCUGGUUCGCCAGAAGCGGCUUAGUCAUGCUGGCCACAUGACCCGGAAGCUGUACACCGGCUCCCUCGGCCAAUAAAGUGAGAUGAGUGUCGCAACCCCAGAGUCGGUCACGACUGGACCUAAUGGUCAGGGGUCCCUUUACCUUUACCUUGAAGCAAACACCUGGUAAUUUGAUUCAUACUAUAUUUUGCAAGGGCAUUUUAGUUACCAUAAGGCAGUUUCAGAGCCAAGUGGAGAAUGCCAGCUGCUCUAGACUGACACCUCCUAAUCACAGCGUGGUUAAGAUUGUAAAAAGGUGUGUUAAAUCACCAAGGAGUUCAAUACAAUUUGUAAAAGCUUCAAGAACAGCCUGCUGUUCUUUUAAAAAUGUGUGUAUUUGUUUUGGUGUGUUGUCAUGUUGACAUCCCCAGGGUUAUGGCAGUUAGAAUUUGAUUUUACCAAAAAUAUAAAAGCAGAAGUACUGUGGACAACGCUUGAAGUAAAACAAAUUAUAGCAGUAAGCCAAUAAGAAUUUGCCUCUCUUUGCCCCAAAUGCCCUGAUGCAGGCAAUUAAUGAGACUAAAAUUUAGGGGUUUUUUUCUUCGUUUAGGAGAUGCAUUCAGAGGGCGUGAACCCUCUGAGAAUCAAGAUGGCAAUUUCUUCAGUGCGGUUGAUAGUGACAAUGAUGACUGUGGCCCGUGUUUUGUGGACGAUGAGGCAUUUGACAGCUGCGCUGGCGAGCUCUACGGUUCUGGGUGGUGGUUCAGUAACUGCGGCAUGGCGGAUCUCAACGGGAUGUGGCAUCCCAAAGACAGCUGUAGAGGUUGGGUAUCUGGUGUGUACUGGAAAACAUGGAAUAAUAUUGAUUCACUGCUAUUUAGUGAACUCAAGAUAAAAUGUACUUAGCUGUAACAAUGUCAGACUCUCCAGCCUGAGAUGGCUUGGGAGUUCGUUUCCCUUUCUGCAGCAGUUUUAGUACUAAACCAUCCCUGUGUUACUAUGAAUGUCAACCGCUUAGUUGCAAAUCACUGUGUAUGCAACAUAUAAUCAAGUGGCAAGUCUGACUGAUCUAAGAAAUGAAGCUUCUGCAAUUGAUUGUUGAAGUCUUUCUAGUUUUUCAGUAGACGUAGUCCCCCCUUCCCCUCCCUUUUUGCCAAAACCAUUUCAGUAAUAAGGAACAUAUAUUUUAGUGUAGUCAUAAUCCUAGAUAUACUUCUACUGUCCCCUGUAGAACAAAUUAGCUAGGAACACACCCAUAUUUCCAUCAAACCCCAAUGCAAAGAGAGGAUGAAAAAGAGGGAAGUAAAAUUAAAGACUUUGCUUAGUAACAGGCAAGACAGUAGAGAUGUGUCACCUGUGCCUUAGCAGUGCAACAGCUCCCCACCAGUUAAUUUCUCUCUUUGAUUAUUCCCCAAAUAGUUGCACCAAAUUUCAGUGUUUAUGGAAUUUCCCCUCCUGGCAAAAACCAGCCGUUUUCUGUGCUGCUCGGAUGAACAUCUCGCUCCCCCACCAUUUUCUUCCUGGGCAAAAGAAUUGCACACAAGAACCAAGCUAGUUUUUUGUGUGUUUUGUAAGUGGGUAGGGGUGUUUAUUACUGUUGCUUGAUAUCUGCUCAGCUUUGUAUGCUUUGCCCAGCUGAAUGGAGGCCGCAAAAACCUUACCCUACUGUCCUAGAGAGAAUAAAAGUGUGCUGUUACCAAAGCUAGAAUUUAGAAUUUGGGUUUUACAACUAAAUGGGCUGGAGGAAUUUAGGAGACAAUGUCAUUAACUCUGAUUGCUGUUGUCAAUGCAAUGAUUAGUGCAUUCCAUUAAACCAUGAAUUGGUUUAUGCAAUGCAAUUUAUAUCACAUUCCUUUGUUGCUUUAUUUCCUUCAAUUUUCAGAAUAUGCCAUUUGCUUUUUUUCAGAUUUCAUAAGGCCGUUAAGCUUUGUACACCAAUAA